CGCCCUGGCAUCCCCACCCGCCCCGCAGCGCUCGCAUCCGAGCCUGCACUAUGGCCAUUGGAAAAUGGAUCCCCUUCGGCCCAGCGCAGAGCUCCCCCGCUGCCCCCGUCGUCGUCGCCGCACAACCGCCCGUCAUCUCCUCCGCAGACGCGAAGCAGUUUGGUCUUGAGAAUUUUGGGAAUACUUGGUGAGUUUGUCUCCGCUAUUUCUAGACGUUUGUUCCGUCCACGGCCAGCGCGUCCGAUGGCUCUAUGCACGCCACCAUCCACGACCUGUGCAUCUCUUGCGCUCAAGCAAUCUCUCUGUCGUACUCCCUCCUGCUCGACGUACGAGCGUGGCCUGCUCGUGGCCCUUAUCGGCGCUGCUGCGUUUUCGCUCACGCUCGGUUGCACACCUCGCGUACGAUCCGGAUGUGCACGUCCUUGUCUCGUUCUGCGACCCCGGCGACACGAGUUGCGAAGUCCCCCAACGCAAGCUAUCUUGGCAUACCCGCGGGGUGCGCCAUGAGCCAUGCUCGACCGUGUGGCUUGUCUCAGAACUGGGUACCGAAUUGCUGCCCCUCUGGUCUCCGCGCUGCGUGUGUGCAUGCGCGUCUCCUACACGCUCUAGGAUGUGCAAAUGCACGUACUGUCCCCCGGACGCGUCGCAGAUCCUUGUUCGUCAGAAAUCCGUGGGUGUCGGCCUCUCCGGGUAUACACCAACGGCGUACCCGGAACGGUCCAAUGACGAACGGGGUUCUGUGUCGGGUUGUCUAUCGGAUAGAGCAGCGGUGGGACUGGAGCACGAGCAUAGGAUUUGUCAACAUCUCUGCAAUUCCCGGUUGGCUCUGCGUUGACAUCCGUGAAGGCUCCGAGGCGCAACCGAGUACUACGGGCUCGGAUGUGUCUGUUCUCUCCUCUGCUGUCUGGCUUGCACAGUGCACCGGGUCUGCAUUCUGUGCUACUAGCCCAUAGCAGGAGUGUUGCCUAUGGACGUUCGUCAGACUCCGUGGUCAUCGGACGUGCUGGACAUGUAUCACUCAAGCAGAAGGAGAUAGAAACGCAACGUCCCCAUACGCGCAGUAGCGCAUACGAACUCUUAGCGUGCGCUCUGCGAUUGCUGCCCGAGGACCCAACGUGUCUCGAGUUCGCACCCGGCGUUGUUCAUCCCUUUCCGGGCUAACCUUGUAAGUCGAGAAUACUGCUGACGCCGUCCUCGCAGCUACGCCAA